UGAGAAGGGAGCAGGUGCAAUGGGCAUCUGGCUGCAACUGGCCUUUUUAGUGUUACUGCUGCUCGGCCUGGGACAGUCCGCAUGGCCCGCUGCUGUGGCCCUGGCACUGCGCUGGCUCCUGGGAGACUCUAUCUUCUGUGUGCUGCUCAGCCUGGCCAUGCUGGCGCGGCCCUGGCUCUGGCCCUGGAUGCCCCACUGGCUGAGUCUGGCAGCCGCGGCACUCACACUGGCUGUGUUACCCGCACGGCCGCCCCCAGGGCUGCGCUGGCUGCCUGCAGACGUGACCUACAUCUUCAAGAUCCUCCAUCUGGGGCUGAACAUCAGGGCACGCAUGAGCCGCCAGCCGCUGGACACCUUUGUGGAUACCUUUGAGCGGCGAGCACGAGCACAGCCGGACCGCGCGCCCUUGGUGUGGAAGGGUCCGGGGGCCCGCUCAGUCACCUUCAGGGAGCUGGACGACAGGGCAUGCCAGGCCGUGUGGGCCCUGAAAGCCGAGCUGGGCGGCCUCACAGGCUUGCUUGCUGGGGAGCCUGCCGCCCUCCUGGUGCUGGCCUCCCAGACCAUUCCGGCCCUGUGUUUGUGGCUGGGGCUGGCCAAGCUGGGCUGCCCUGUCGCCUGGAUUAAUCCGCAUGGCCGGGGGAUGCCCCUGGUACACUCGGUGCUGAGCUCUGGGGCUCGGUUGCUGGUGGUGGACCCAGACCUCCAGGAGAAUCUGGAAGAGAUCCUUCCCAAGCUACAGGCAGAGAACAUCCGAUGCUACUACCUCAGCCACUCCUCCCCAACCCCAGGAGUAGGGGCUCUGGGGGCUGCACUUGACGUUGCACCCACCGACCCCGUGCCCGCUGACCUACGUGCAUGGGUCACAUCGAAAAGCCCUGCCCUGUUUAUCUACACCUCAGGGACAACUGGGCUCCCAAAGCCAGCCAUUGUCACACAGAAUCGACUGCUACAGAUGUGCAAGAUGCUGUCCCUGGGUGGGGUCACAGCUGAUGACGUGGUCUACACAGUCUUGCCUCUGUACCAUGUGAUGGGGCUUAUCCUUGGAAUCCUUGGCUGCCUGGAGCUUGGAGCAACCUGUGUCCUGGCCCCCAAGUUCUCUACUUCCUGCUUCUGGGAUGACUGUCGGCAGCAUGGUGUGACUGUGAUCCUGUAUGUAGGCGAAGUUCUGCGAUACCUGUGUAACACUCCACAGCGACCAGAGGACCGGACACAUACAAUCCGCUUGGCAAUGGGCAAUGGACUCCGGGCAGAUGUGUGGGAGUCCUUUCAGCAGCGCUUUGGCCCCAUUCGGAUCUUGGAAACCUAUGGCUCCACGGAAGGCAACAUUGGCUUCGUCAACUAUCCAGGGCGCUGUGGGGCCCUGGGCAAGAUGAGCUGUUUGCUUCGAAUGCUGUCCCCUUUUGAGCUUGUACAAUUUGACACAGAGGCUGAGGAGCCUGUCAGAGACAAUCGGGGAUUCUGCGUUCCUGUGGGACUAGGAGAGGCGGGGCUCCUGUUAACCCAGAUAGUAGGCCACCACCCUUUCCUGGGCUACCGCGGGGCACGAGAGCUGUCGGAACGGAAGUUGGUGCGGAAUGUGCGGCGCAGGGGCGACGUUUACUUCAACACCGGAGACGUGCUGGCCAUGGACCGAGAAGGCUUCCUUUACUUUCGUGACCGCCUAGGGGACACCUUCCGAUGGAAAGGUGAGAACGUGUCCACCCGGGAGGUGGAGGGCGUUUUGUCACUUGUGGACUUCCUGCAGGAGGUGAACGUCUACGGUGUCUCUGUACCAGGUUGUGAGGGCAAGGUGGGGAUGGCUGCCGUGCAGCUGGCUCCAGGCCAGAGCUUCGAUGGUCAGAAGAUGUACCAGCACGUCCGGACUUGGCUCCCUGCCUAUGCUACACCCCAUUUCAUCCGCAUCCAAGACGCCCUGGAGAUCACCGGCACGUUCAAACUGGUGAAGUCCCGGUUGGUGCGUGAGGGCUUCAAUGUAGGCAUCAUUGCUGACCCCUUGUUCGUGUUGGACAACCAGGCCAAGGCCUUCCGGCCCCUGACAGCGGACAUAUACAAGGCUGUGUGCAACGGAACCUGGAGACUCUGACCAUCUGACUUGUCCCCAAGACAUCUGAAGUGGCUGUGCCCAAUGCAGAAUACCACUCACAUUGGCAGAAUCCUCUCCACCCCAAACCUGCUGAGAGUUAUGAAUUGCAGCCUGGCCAUAACCCCAGUUGAAGAGAGUAAGAUGACAGUGGGCCAAGUAGUGGAGUGAGAAUAAACUUGGUUGUGUACACA